CCUGUUUUUUGUUGAAUGCAACUCACCAAAUAAAAAAAAAAUUUCUUUAUAAAUCAGUUAGAAAGAAAUUGUGUAUAGUUUUAGUAUCGCCUUCUGUCUUUUCCGCCACCGGUUGUGCCGUCUUGUAUUCGUGUGUACAUUUGUGGUUUUUUUUUGAAGAAUUUUAAGUCAAAUCUCCCGAUUGAAUAAUAAAAAUGCCAUUCGACGCUACAUCAUUUGCCAAGGAUUUUAUUGCCGGUGGUGUUUCGGCCGCAAUCUCAAAAACCGCCGUAGCUCCAAUCGAACGUGUCAAGCUUUUGCUUCAAGUUCAACAUGCAUCCAAGCAAAUCGCCGCAGAUAAACAUUAUAAAGGUAUCAUCGACGCUUUCGUUCGAAUCCCAAAGGAGCAAGGAUUUCUUUCACUAUGGAGAGGCAACUUUGCCAAUGUCAUUCGAUAUUUCCCCACACAAGCUUUGAACUUUGCGUUUAAAGAUAAAUUCAAGCAAAUAUUCUUGGAUGGUGUCGAUAAGAAAAAACAGUUCUGGCGAUACUUUGCCGGUAAUUUAGCUUCUGGUGGAGCAGCUGGUGCUUCUUCACUUUGCUUUGUUUAUCCACUUGAUUUUGCUCGUACCCGUCUUGGUGCCGAUAUCGGUAAAGGACCAAAUGAAAGACAAUUCAAAGGUCUUGGCGAUUGUCUUGUUAAAGUUUUCAAAAGUGAUGGUUUAAUGGGUUUAUAUCGAGGAUUCAGCGUCUCCGUUCAAGGUAUCAUUAUAUACCGAGCCGCAUACUUUGGUUUCUUCGAUACUGCAAAAGGAAUGUUGCCUAAUCCUAAAACUACACCAAUCGUCAUUUCCUGGAUGAUUGCUCAGGCUGUAACAACUGUAUCUGGCAUUAUUUCUUAUCCAUUCGAUACUGUCCGACGACGUAUGAUGAUGCAAUCUGGUCUUUCAGCUGGCGAUAGAAUGUACAGAAAUACUGCUCACUGUUGGGUCAAAAUUGCUAGAACCGAAGGCCCGAAAGCUUUUUUCAAAGGCGCUUUGUCAAACGUUUUCCGUGGUACGGGUGGUGCAUUCGUCCUUGUGCUUUAUGAUGAAAUUAAAGCUCUCAUUGUCUAAAAUGAAUCUUGGUCUUUAUGGUAAAUUCGUGGGCAAAUUCUAUGUGAAAAUAGUGAAUGAUUUGUUUAGUUUUUUUUUAAAGAAAGAUUCGCAUUAGGAACACCAUCUAUAAUAAUUUCCUCAUUUAAAUUAUUUUAAAUUUUAAUAAAUUCC